CCUGGAGGAGUCGCCGAGUUGCCGCACUCCGCGGGAUCUGUGAUCUGUAAUUGUGGUGUCCGCGCUGGCCGGGCCCAGUUGAGGGUCCACACUGCUAAGAAGUCUGGAAUAUGAAUGCACAAGUCACCAGGGAGGCCAGGCAAGGAGGCAUGAAGUGCUACUUAGGCUGGCAAUAAAAAGAAUUUCACGUGGAUGGACUGAACAGUCUCCAUAAAUAUUCUCUAAAAUUAGAUUCGGUUAUUUCUGAUGCUUGGAAGCUAUCCUUUCAGCCACAAAGAUGGUAAUAAAUCUUUGCCUCCCACAGUUCAGACCAAGAAUUUCAUGCAACAAGAUAUCAGCUGAUGGCUAUGAAGUAGAAAAUCUCAUCUCUGAAGACCUCACAAAGAGAAGUCGUGGUUUUAGGACGGAGUAUUUUAUUAAGCCACCAGUCUAUGUGACUGUUUCCUUUCCCUUCAGUGUGGAAAUCUGUAGGAUUAACAUAGACCUCACAGCUGGGGGAGGCCAAAAUGUAACUGGCCUGGAAAUGUACACGUCCACCUUAUCCAACAGAGCAUCUUGGAAUACCUCUGAGUGCCAGACACUGGGCCCAGCUGAGCCAUCCGUUCCGGACAAGGAGGCGUUCACCUUGGUAGGCAAAGUGUUGUUGAAAAACCAAAACCAGGUGGUGUUUAGCCACAGGGGCUUCAAGGCCAGGCCACCAUUUGGCCCGAUAGAAGCCACACUCCCCUCCCCUACUAUUGUGGCCCAGGAGCUCUGGAAUAAAGGACCUCUCUCCCUUAACCAUGUGGCCCAUCUCAAGAUCUGUAUCACCCACGUGACAGGCAGUGGAAUCCCUUGCAUCAAGCGGUUGGAAGUGUGGGGUCAGCCCGCCAAAACCUGCUCUCGGGAGGUAAUAGAUAGUGUCCUGCUGGUUGCCUCCAAAAACCUCUCCCAGGACUCGGCUCUGCAGGUACUGGCCUUGCCCAUGGAGAGUGACUGUGACCCUGGGGGUGAGUCUGGGGGCCAGCAGGCUCCCUCCAGCCUGCAGGAACUGGCUGAGGUAUUUCAGGAUGUGCCUGAGGAGUUCCUGGAUCCCAUCACCUUGGAGAUCAUGCCUUGCCCCAUGCUCCUGCCCUCAGGCAAGGUCAUCGACCAGGCCACACUGGAGAAGUGUAACCGCAGUGAAGCCACAUGGGGCCGAGUGCCCAGUGACCCUUUCACAGGGGUAGCCUUUACUCCACACUCCCAGCCCCUGCCUCACCCUUCCCUGAAGGCCCGGAUCGACCAUUUCCUGCUCCAGCAUUCCAUCCCUGGCUGCCACCUGCUUGGGAGAGCACAGACUACGUUGGCAUUGACCCCUUCUUCCAUUGCUCUGCCAUCUCGGAAAAGGAAGAUGGAGCAGGCUGAGGAUGCCCCAGACAGUAGUAGCCUUGAUGUAAAUGCUUCCGGUUUUUCUACCACAAGCCUGGUCUCACCCACUACCUCAGAGCACACUGCUAAGAAAAUGAAAGCUGCCAGUGAGCUUGGUCUGACACACAUGGACUGCUCAACAGGGCCAGAGUCCCAUGAGCAGAAGCUGUCACAAAGCUUGGAAAUUGCCUUGACAUCUACCCUUGGCUCCAUGCCCUCCUUCACGGCGCGGCUGACCAGGGGACAGCUCCGACACCUCGGCACAAGGAGGACCAGCACUUCCUGGAGGGCAGGCACUGGCCCGGAGCAGCCUGGGAGUGUCCUGGGUCCCGAGUGUGCCUCCUGCAAAAGAGUAUUUUCUCCCUACUUCAAAAAGGAGCCCGUGUACCAGCUUCCCUGUGGCCACCUCCUGUGCCGGCCCUGCCUGGGUGAGAAGCAGCGCUCCCUGCCCAUGAUAUGCACAGCCUGCCAGCAGCCUUUCACCAGCCAGGACGUGCUGCGGGUCCACUUCUGAGUGACUGGCCUCAACCCAAGAAGACCUGUUGUUGGGAGGAGCAGAAGUGGGGGUCAUAGCUCCCUGAGAUCUGGCCAAGUCCCAGGCACAGAGGGGCCUCUUCCAUUCCCAAGGGCUUUCCCUUUAUUGCCUCCCACAGUGUAGCACAGGCCUGGAGUGAGGGGUGGGGGAGGGGCCACUCCACUCCAGCUCAAGUGGCAAUAGGA